AUUCUCUCCCUUAAUUAGGGGUAGCCGAUUUUCUUCUCUCUAGGGUUGCCGCUUAGGGCUCCCUAGAGUAGUUUUCUGAUUUUCCGUCUUCUUCUUUAGGAAGAAGUCCGGUGUACUACAAUGGGGGUUUUGAUAAUCACAUAGGCGGCAAGGACAAAGGGUUGGAGCAAGGCUUCGGCUUCGGCGGUUUGGUUACAUUCGGCAUCGACGUUGACGAAGGGUGCAGCGGCGGCUUCGGCGGUUUCUCUUCGGCGGCUUCGAGCGGUAUGUGGAACGAAUGGAAGAGGUGAUGUACCAAUACAAGAGGAUGGCCUUAGGGGAAGAAAACACCAACUUGAAUUUUGAAGAUGAGAAGGAUGGAAAGAUUGUUUCAAUCGAGAAGAGAGCUGAAUUUCUGGUGAUGGGAGUUGUCCUCACAGAUCGGAAAGAAGCUACUGUACUGCCAGAUCGUCCCCCCCCCCCCCCCCCCCCCCCCCCGACCGAACCGCCGCCGUGGAGUACAGGAGAGGCUAGAGUUUGGAAGCAUCCUUUUAUUUUUAUUGUUUGCUUGUGUUUUACUUUUCAUGAUCAGACUGCUUAUUUUUCUGUUGAUUACCUUUAUCAUUGUAAGACUUUUGCAUUAGGAGUGGGUGAUGAGAGUUCUGCGGUGACCAUUAUUGGCUCAAUUAUGCCCAAUUUAGGAUCAGCGAGUUAUAUUGUUUU